GCUGGUGUCCAUCCAUGAGAGCGGCUGGAAGGCCUUCGACGUGACCGAGGCUGUGAACUUCUGGCAGCAGCUGAGCCGGCCCAGGCAGCCGCUGCUGCUGCAGGUGUCGGUGCAGAGGGAGCACCUGGGCCCCCUGGCCUCCAGCGCCCACAGGCUGGUGCGCUUCGCCUCCCAGGGGCCGGCGGGCGCCAGGCAGGGCCAGCCCCAGCUGGAGCUGCACACCCUGGACCUCAGGGACUUCGGGGCUCAGGGCAAUUGUGACCCUGAGGUGCCAGUGACCGAGGGCGCCCGCUGCUGCCGCCGGGAGAUGUACAUCGACCUGCAGGGCAUGAAGUGGGCUGAGCACUGGGUCCUGGAGCCCCCGGGCUUCCUGGCCUACGAGUGCGUGGGCACGUGCCGGCAGCCCCCCGAGCCUCUGAGCUUCAAGUGGCCGUUUCUGGGGCCGCGGCAGUGCAUCGCCUCGGAGACGACCUCGCUGCCCAUGAUCGUGAGCGUCAAGGAGGGAGGCAGGGCCCGGGCGCAGGUGGUCAGCCUGCCCAACAUGCGGGUGCAGAAAUGCAGCUGCGCCUCGGACGGGGCGCCCGUGCCAAGGAAGCUGGAGCCGUAGGCGCUGGGCGUCGCCACUG